UUAAGUGUUACGUUAAGUGGAUCAUUCGGCAUUAGUAUUACGAUGAUAUUAAAUACUUAAUAUUAUAAUGGCAUAUAUUAUCAUACACAACUUUCUGUGUAUAAUUACUUUGUACUAAAUGUGUAGGUAUUUAAAAUGAAAACGAAAACAAUUUGCGUAUUGAAAUAAUAAAAAAAUUCUUACACUUGUGAUUCACAUAUACUUUUAAUCUUUGUAGUCUGUCUAACAAGUAAAACAAAAAUAGAGUAAACAAGCACUCCAUACCUAUUAUAAGUAUCAACCUAUUUUGUACCUAUAAAGAUAUCAUUGCGUAUAUGAGAACAUAAAAUGAUGAUUUAUUUUUUGUUAACAAGGUCAGUUUUAGGUACACGAAUUAAUAUAAUGAGAUUAAGGCUGUAUUUUUAUAGCAACCUAAAUUAACAUAAAAUUACAAUGUUCAGUCUUAUACUAGUCCAGAUAUUCAUAUAGACAACAACAUUUUUUUCUAAAUGAGAUAUAAAUAGUUGACUAUAAAAUAUGACAAACAAUGUUUUGUUAUUCUAGGGAGUUGUCGAAUAGUUAAUUCUCAGGUUUUUUUCAAAAGUAAAAGAAAUUGAUGUUUUAUAUGAAUCUUGUAAUUUCUUUAUAUUAUUAUAUUUAUUUGCUUUUAUCAUCUUUAAAUUACUAAAUUAAAACUAUUGUUAUAGUAUAUAUAGAAUAUUAUACUCGUUAUUGCGGUGUCAAUUUUUUUGAGAAGUACUUAUAUUAUAUAGAAUAGAUUUUGCGAACGACUCAUGUAAUAUUAGCUAUUUUAUUGUUUAACACAGUAAAUAGUUUAUUGAAAUUGAAAAAAAAAUAGAGUUAAGCACCGACCAGAACCAAUUGUUAUAAGUUAUUAUACAUUCUACAAAGAGCUUUUUAUUGGCGUAUGAGGUGUUUACGAUAGGUAUGUAUCUAAGUGAUUUAUUGACUCUUGUGUAUGUGUGUCUACUUCGUGAAAGUAGGUACGGUGAAUCGCGAGAAGGUGACAGUAGUCUUUACAUGCAUGAUAUUAUAUCGACUCUUUAAUAAAAAAAAAAAUGUGUGAUAAUUUUAAAAGUAAUUGUAGACCGAGAUUAAUAGAUGAUUCUGCCGAUUUAAAACCAUUGGAUUUGUCGGUAAGGAGUACUUUAACGUCACGUCAUGUCAAGUCAAAAAAACCGUACAAAUUGUUUUGCGAGGUUUGUGCUAAGGGUUUUGACCGACCAUCACUUUUAAAAAGGCACGUAAGAACCCAUACAGGAGAACGUCCUCACGCUUGCGCCCAAUGCGACAAAGCGUUUUCCACAUCCAGCGCGUUGAACACACAUAAACGCAUACAUAGCGGCGAGCGGCCUCACGCAUGUCCAAUUUGCGGUAAAACGUUUACAGCCAGUUCGAACCUGUACUACCACAGAAUGACACAUUCCAAAGUAAAACCACAUAAAUGUAAUGCAUGCGACAAGUCUUACCCAACUCCGGGUAACUUGCGUGCCCACAUGUCAUCACAUUCUGGUGAAUGGACGUACCAUUGCAAUACUUGUGGUCGAGGCUUUGGGAAAAAAAUCAACGUGGAAAGGCAUGCCAAGACAUGUCGCAGAUAA